AUCCAUCUUUGAAGAUUAUUGUUUCUUCAUUGCGUCAUAUAUUUCAGCCGCGGAAGCUGAGAAUCGAUUCAUAUCGUAGAUACCAGCCAGAUUUUCUGAGCCAAUACCUAAAAGUAGUAAUGAAUGGCACUACCCCCGCAAUUAUAUAUUCACUUUUUCCUUGUGGAAUGAUUUGAUACAGAUAAGGACACUUCAAUUUGUAAAUUUCCUCCUUACCUGGACGUUGGGUUACAACUCGUAGGUAGGUAGCUAUCUGUGUGAUUUUGUGGCUGGGGAGAAAAAAAUAUUAUUUGUAGGGUUUUCGGUUAGUCUAGGGUUAGAAUCAAUAAGAUGAAACUCAAAAUGUCAGCGUUUGGCGUCUGCCGAGGUUUCCUCGGUUCCAUGUUGGUUGCUCUCACUACGUCUCCGAGCGGAUUUCACGCCGUGGCGGCUGUGAGGAUCUUCAAAGACUGCCGUGAUCCUGAACGUCAACGGGCUGAAUCUCGUAGGAACUCGUGUGGAUCGUCAACAACGGCAGCAUCUUCAGACGAGACGAACAUCAAGCGUAUCAUCAGAGAGUAUUGUGAUGCGAAAGAAAAAGCUCAAGCUAGGGACCUGUCGCAAGCUAAAUCUCAUGACCCGCUGUCGCGUCUCCGCCAGGAUCUGCAGGAUUCACUCGACCCUGAUGAAGUAGGUCCAGGUGGAAGCAGUACCCUUUCCAAUCGAUUAUCAACAAGGCCACCGAAUUCUACUUCAACUCCGGCAGGAUCGAUUUCGUCAAGAAAUGCCUUUGGCGUGCGUACCCGUGAUUCCAGUUCAUCAGUGUCGGCCGCAAACACUACCUCCAAUUCCGCAGAAUGGACACCAUCUGCAUCCGCGUCACCUCCAUCAGCUGCCGAAGGUGAACCCGCUGCUCCGCGCCUUGCGGUUUCAACAAACGGGAGAGAUCCAAAAGGCAACUAUUAUGAUGCUCGAGUGACUGAUCCACGUAUGUGGAGGAUAGGACAGAGGCCUGAGCCGAACGCUUUUCUCCGUAAGAAUUUGGCAGGAGCACGUCGUGGGCAUACAGCGCACCCUUGUAGGAGACGGUCCCGACAUAAUAGACCUGACCAAGGUGGGCCCCAUCUUGUAGUGUCGCUGCCAGGCGAUCCUGUUUCCGGCAUAUCUUCAGAA